AUGGUGAUGGCUUUUGUCCAUCCGUUUUGGUUUUUUCUACUUUUAAAUUGAUUGUAAUUUUUGUGUUUGGUUUCCGUGAUCAUCAAGGUUGUCGAUUAAUUUUUUUUUUUUUUUUUUUGAAAUAAAAAUCCUACUAUGGGGACAUCUAGUUGAUUUGAAUCGAAUUUUUUUUUGGAAACUUUCCUUUUUUCAAAUCAGCUGAGAUGGUUUAUCUUGCUCUCUCUUGGUUUUUGUGUGUACGUGUGUUUUGAGUAUUUUACAUUUGAAUUAAAUUAUUAAAAUUUCAAUAAUGAAUUCCAAAGGUGAUUUUAUUCACCACAAUGUUGUUCAUGAUGAUGAUGAUCGAAUCACUGGCCAACAACAACAACAACAACAGCAAUCAAAAUCGAAUGUUGUUGUUGAUGUUGAUGAUGAUGAUGAUGAUGAUGAUGGUGGUGAUGAAAUAAUUGAAACAAAAUGUUGUCGCCGUAUAUUGAACACAACCGAUAUGGAAAUGUGGCUUCAUUCGGAAGCAUAUCGUGAUUAUUUAAAUUUCAUUAAAUUACUAAAUGAAUUUGCAAAAGGUGUACAUAAUCGUGUGUUUCAAUCACGUAAUGAAAUUGAUGAUGUUCAUUUGAAAAAUGUUAUACGUUUACUUGAUCAUCUUGGCGAUCUUUGUGAUCGAAUUGAACCUAUUAAUGAUGAUAAAAAUCAAAGAUUCGGUAAUAAAGCCUAUCGGAUAUGGUUUGAUCAAAUGUUAUCAUAUAUUCAUGAUGAAUUAAUCGAUAUUUUUGGCCAUGAAUAUGGUACCGAAUUAGCAUAUUAUUUAGCCGAUUCAUUUGGUAAUAAAGUUCGUAUCGAUUAUGGAACUGGACAUGAAAUGUGUUUCAUCAUAUUUCUAAUGGGCAUCUAUAAAUUAAUAUUAAUACCGAAUGCAUUGGAAAAAUCUGAUGGUGAAACCUUUUCAAGACAAAUUUUUCAAUCAUUUAGUCAUCAAUUAUUGAAUAUUUUUUCAUUAAUCUAUAUGCCAUUGGUACGAAAAAUUCAGCUACGUUAUUGUUUAGAACCGGCCGGUUCACAUGGUGUUUUUUCAUUGGAUGAUUUUCAAUUUUUACCAUUCUAUUUUGGUUCCGCACAAUUAAUCGAUCAUCCUACCAUUGGUACUGGUUCAUUUCCACAAGCAAAUAUUGCCGAUCAAUAUAAAGAUGGAUAUAUUUUCCAUUCGGCCGUUCAUUUUAUACAUCAAGUGAAAAAAGGUCCAUUCGCUGAACAUUCAAAUCAAUUGUGGAAUAUAAGUGGUGUAAAGGAUUGGUCGAAAAUAAAUAGUGGUCUAUUCAAAAUGUAUUGUAAAGAAUAUCUACCUAAAUUUCAAAUCGUACAACAUCUAGUGUUUGGGCCAAGAAUUCUUGUAUGGAAACGUGUAUCGAAAUGAUUUUUCUGUCUGUUUGUUUGUUGAAUUUAAAAAUCCUCAUAACUGUCAUUUAUUCUUUCAUUUCAUUCAUA